AUGUUAAGUGAAAGUCACAGUAUUGAGACUUCUGAUGGAUAUUUACUGUCAAUCCACAGAAUUGUCCCAAAUUCAAUCCCAAAAGUGAAAAAACCACCGUGUUUCUUAAUCCAUGGAGUCAUUGAGUCAUCUCUAGAAUAUUUGCAGCUGCAGGAAGAUUCAUUGCCAUUUGUGCUGUCUGACAAUGGAUUUGAUGUGUAUUUGGGGAAUGCAAGAGGCAAUCAGUACACAUCACAUAGGAAGUUCAAUAAGAAUUCAAGUGAAUUUUGGGAUUUUGGAUGGCAUGAAAUUGGAGUUUAUGACUUGCCGCCCAUGAUUGACUACAUCCUGAACUUUACUGGAUUUGAGAAAUUAUUUUUCAUUGGAUUCUCGCAAGGAGCGACUGUUGGGAUGGUUUUGCUGUCGAUGUUGCCAGAAUAUAAUCAAAAAAUUGAACAAGUUCACUUGACAGGUCCUGCUGUCUUUAUGAAUCACUUCCCGAAUCCAGUUUUGAAAUUUCAUGGUCGACAGAUUGUUGAAUUAUUCACAGAACAUAACAUGGUCAAUCUAACAGCAGUAAGGAACACAUUUCAGCCAUUUAUGCAGGAUUUUUGCCACAAAACAAAGCCAUUGAAACUGCUGCCAUGCAUAAUACUGGAAUUUAUGAUUGUUGGUGGAAAUAUUUACAAAUUUGAGGCUGAUCUUCGAGCUCUUCGGAAUUUUUUGAAUGUUUUUACACCUUACACUAGUAAGAAGCAGUUGCUGCAUUUUAUACAGCUCAUGCAUUCAAGGAAGUUCCAUUUGUAUGACUUUGGAGUUGAAAAUGUGAAAAAGUAUGGAACAAUAAAUCCACCAGAUUAUCAAUUGAAGCUAGUGGAUGCACCGGUUUAUAUUUAUUGUGCUGGUCAGGAUGGAUUUGCUGAACGAAGGGAUGUCGAAACCCUUCGAGACAGCAUUCCAAACGUCAAGAACUUCAGACUGAUCAAGAACUUUAAUCAUUAUGACUUUGAAGGAAGUAGACGUGCUAAAGAUGAAGUUUAUCUUCCGAUGGUUAAUUUUAUGAAUUCAGCCACAACUGCUAAGGAGGUUCUAAAUACAAAUGGAAGAAAACCUAAGUUUUGGUGGAACAAGUUUAUGUUAACAAGCUGGAAACAAAAAAAGCGACAGGAACCGACAGCGAACGAAAGGGACCAAUUAGGAUCGAUUGAGACUGACACGGACCGAAAGGGACCGACAGGAAUACACAGGAACAGACAGGAACAGACAGGGACAGAAAGAAACAGACAGGAACAGAUAGGAACAGAUAGGAACAGACAAGAGCAGACAGGAAUAGACAGGAACAGACAGGAAUAG